GUUCAGAGUGGAGUUGUGGACAGUCUAGAGUUGAUUAGAACUUAACUUCCUUCCUCCUCGGAGGCUCGUCAACAUGGAGUGAGGAGCUUAUAAGUGCUGGGGCAGCUGGCGGCGCUCAAACCACUCCGAAAAUGAAGGGUGCUCUGCUGCUGCUCCUUUGGGUUCUCUCAGGGGUGGCCUGGGGGGCACAGCCCAUGGGGGGAUACUGCAUUGGAAACCGAUGUUUUGCCCUUUUUGAGACAGUGGUUGACUUCAAUGGAGCGCAGGACAUCUGCAGCCAGCACAGUGGGCACCUGAUGACAGUGCGCUCCUCUGUGGAUCAUGACAGCCUGUCCUUAUUACUGAGCAACACCAGCGGGCAGUACUGGAUUGGAUUACACCUCCCUAAAGGUUGUGCGGAUCUCACUGCAGUUCUCAGAGGAUUUCAGUGGGUCACAAAAGACACAACAAGUAACUUUUUAAACUGGGUGGACGCUACCUCUGACAUCUGCUCUCCCCCUCGCUGUAUCUUUGUAUCCAAUGACGACAAGUUCCUGUGGCACGAAGACUUGUGCAAAAACACCAAAACUGGCUUUCUCUGCGAGUACGUUUUCCAUGACAUGUGCCAAGGCUUCCAAAACACUAAAGUCUUGUAUACACCGUAUGGUUUCGCAAUUGAUGACGCCACAUUUUUGCCAGCCGGUAGUAUCGCUGAACAUCCAGACGAGCUCAGACAGGUGUGUGCAUCCCAACAUUGGAUAAAAGCACCAUGGAACUGUGAAAUCCAAGGAGGAGGUUGUGAACAUAAAUGCACAAUUAAUCCAGUAAACCAUCCUGUGUGCUACUGCCCCUCUGGCAACAUCGUCAACCCUGCAAAUAAUCGAACUUGCGAAGUUGCGACCGAUGACCCGUGCGUCCAGCUCAAUUGCGAACACGCCUGCUACAAGUAUCUCGAUUCAUUUCAGUGCACCUGCAAUGAAGGGUUUUAUUUGUCCGUCGAUAAGAAGUCUUGCAUUGAUUUUGACGAAUGUUUGGACGAAAGGCAGUGUCCGGCAGAUGAAGAGAAAUGCAUCAAUACUCCAGGGGGGUUUGAAUGUGUUUGUGAAGAUGGAUACAAGCUGAAAGGUGGCACUUGUGUUGACAUGGAUGAGUGCCUGUCAGCACCUUGUGAACACCUGUGUGAUAACAAACCAGGUGGAUAUGACUGUUCGUGCUACAGUGGAUACAAGAUGGACCCCAGUUCUCCAGAGAAGUGCAAACUCUACUGUGGUAAGGAGGAGUGCCCUGCUGAAUGUGACCCUAACAAUAAAUUCCAAUGUUUCUGCCCAGACGGAUACAUUAUAGAAGAACGUGAUGGUGGGUCAGUUUGUAUAGACAUGGACGAAUGUGAGUUCUUCUACUGUGAGCAAUUUUGUGAGAACUCCUAUGGCAGUUAUGAGUGCUUUUGUAAAGAAGGAUAUACACUGGUGGAUGGAGGCAAAUGUUUGAAAGAAGAGGGUGAUGGACCUACAAAGGUCAUGGAAGUCUUCACCGUGGCGCCCACACACAGGCCCUCUGCUGUGAGUGUUGGGGGCCUCGUGGGGAUCAUUAUAUGCACUGUUUUCUUUGUUUUACUAGCUGUGUUCCUUAUACAUCACAUAUUGUACGGUAGAAAGAAAACUGACUGCCCAGAAGCCCUCAAGGCUUCAGAAAGCCCAGAAGCACAAAGUUUAUGAGCACAACAAUGCAUAAGCUGUUAAAGGUGUACUAUGGAACUUUUCUUUUCAGAAUGUCUUUAUUCUUACGCGAGGAGAACUUCUCAGUAUAGAUAUGCAACCAACCAGCAGUUAGUGUCAGUUGCGGUAAAAAUAAAGAACAAAAGCUCUGUCUUUUUUUGUUAUCAAGUAAACCCACAGUUAAAAAAAAUUACAAAAGCAUUUGGUAUAAAUUUUUAUGACUUAUAUUUAUUCAGUUAUAAGUGUUUUUAUUGUGGAUUUUUAAUUUUUUUUAUUUAGUGGUGUCUCCAUGGAAAUGACUGCAUCUUAUGCAAUUUUGUGGAACAAAAACAAAGCAAAACAACAAUAUCCACAUUUAGAAAUGAUAGUUUCAGGCCCCCACCUAAAAUGUAUGUAUUGCACCUUUAACUUUUGUAUUUUUGUAGUAAGAGUUACAGUGGUGGAUAUGAUGAUCACAUGAAUGAGGCCAUACUGUAGAGGCAGAGAGGUCCUGGGUUCACUAUUUCUAUGUUUGCCAUAAAUGUAAAAACAAAACAGUAUUAAAUCAGCAAAUUCUAAACCAAGUCAUGGAAAGGACUUUUACAGGUUGGUACCAUUUACAACAUAAUUGUUCUCAGUAUUUUAAAAGUCCUGUGAGUGACCUUGACAACAAAAGUCUGUACUGUUCUGUAUGAACAGAACAACAUUUGGGUCUCUAUUGUAACUAUUUUGAUAGAGCAGAAUCAUCACAAGACUUUGGGGGUUUAGGUAUUCAGCAAUUACAUGUGUGAAUGGCAAAAAUGUAGGCCUAUUGUAUAAUUUGUAUUUGAAAAAUAUGAAAAGGAUGUAUAGUUUUUUAAGCACUUUUUGUCUUGGUGGUUUGUUAUAACUGAUGAGAUUACACUGUUACUUACAAACUUUUAAAAGAGGGUGGCCUCAAAUUUGCAUUUUAGCAAUACUGACAUCUGAAUGUAAUAUUCAAUGUGACCAGUACGUUUCAAGAUACUCAAUUAUACUCUGUAGUCACAGCUGUCCUGGGACAGACUGACGUAAGAAAGGCUGCCAAUUUCCGACCACCUCUAAUCACACACUUCCCAUUCAUACGAGGAGAGGUAGAUGCAGUGUCUUGCCCAAUAACACAAUGAAAGUACGGGGUUCAAACUGCCAACCAACCAUUGAGUUGGUGGUAAAUAAAUACAAUUAUAAAAAAAUAAAGCUUAUGCCUCACAGUGAAUAGUGUACAAGAAUAAAAUACUUUUUUUUCCUGUUUGCAUUUAAAACAAAAACACUUGUGUCUUAUAAUGGAAGUAAAAUUCCAUUCAACUCGUGUUGCCUUUGAUUUUGUCUAAUAAA